AAGCGUGAAGCACUAGUCUAUUUCACAUCUUGUCGAAAAUCAUCUUAUACACUCUCUCUCACUCAUUUCUGGCGGGACACAAACGCCGUUGUCCAUAUACAGUCUCGAACAGAGAAGGGCUAGGGGUUUCCUUGCAAAAGGCUCUGUGAACAAUGGAAUCUGAGUCAAUACUCCCCGAUUGGGCAUCAAAGCCUUGCAUUAUGGGCAUAGAUGAAGCUGGUCGCGGACCAGUUCUUGGACCUAUGGUGUACGGAUGCUUGUACUGUGCUCGCUCUUACGAGAAAACUCUCUCUACCCUCAAAUUUGCAGAUUCAAAGACUUUAAAAGAAGAGAAAAGGGAGGAGUUAUUUGAAAAAUUAAAGGCUAACGAAUUGAUUGGAUGGGCUGUUGAUGUUAUUGAUCCGAGGGAGCUCUCGGCUAAAAUGCUUAAGAAGAUCAAGAUAAACCUAAAUGAGAUCUCGCACGAUUCUGCUAGUGGCCUUGUGACUAGGGUGCUCAACAUGGGAGUUCUUUUAACUGAUGUGUAUGUGGAUACAGUGGGAGAUCCUGAGAAAUAUAGAAUAAAACUGUCUGAGAGAUUUCCUUCUAUCAAGUUUGUUGUUGCGAAGAAGGCUGAUAGUCUUUAUCCAGUCGUGAGCGGAGCAAGUAUUGUUGCGAAGGUUACAAGAGACCGGGCCUUGCGAGACUGGGUACUUGAUGAAACAGCUGAAAACAUGACUAGGAAUUUUGGAUCUGGAUAUCCUGGAGAUCCUGAAACCAAAUCUUGGUUGGAAAAACAUCAACACUCGGUAUUUGGAUUCCCAUCAUUGGUCCGCUUCAGUUGGGGUACAUGCACGUCCUAUUCCAAGAACAUGGUUGAAGUUGUGUGGGAAUCUGAUAAAACGGAGGAAGAUGGUUCUAGUAGUAGCAGUGGUAAGAGGCAACUAAAAUUAAGCAGUUUUGGUGUCACUACAUCAAAGAGGAAAAGUGAAGAAAUUGAAUCAAGUGGUAAAAGCCGCUGCAAGUUUUUCCAGGCUCGUAAACUUGAGCAACUUGCUAAUUUCUAGCAGUGAAGUUUGAUUAUUGUUUUACCUCAUACCAAUAUUAACUACUGCUUACCUUUGUACCGAUGAAUCGAGCAAUUAUGCCAGCAAGCAUCUGUUACAAAUUCUAGAAUGUAGACUGAAGGGUAAAGAAUGAAUUUUAACCGAGAAA